AUGGCAAGUGAUGGUCAUGUGAAGUCGUUGGCCGACUCCAUCGACGACUCGCUGACAUGCCAGACCGGCCGUGGGGACUCGCAGGACGCCGGCGGAGACGGGGAGGAGGACGAGGAAGACGAGGAGGGCGAUGAAGAGGAGGAAGAGGAGGAGGAGGAGGAGGAGGAGGAGGAGGAAGACGAGGAGGAAGAUUACAGACAGUGUGCCUGGCGUAACAGCGCGGGGCCCCCCCGCCGCAGGGGGGCGGGGCCCGGCGGCGUGCACGCCGACAGCACCGCCACGUCCUUCAGCGACGUUACGGUCUACAUGGACGACGCCUGCCUCCCGUCGUCCCCCCAGUCCCGCCCGCCGUCCUCUCAGCUGUCCCGCCCCCCCUCCAGCUCCGACACGGAGUACUGGGGGGGGGGAGGCGGGCGCGCCCUGGGGAGGGAAGACAGCCGGGAGACGGAGGAAGGAAGCGGCGCCGCCAGCCGCAGGAGCAGCACGCCGUGCACCGAGUGUCGGGGGGAGUACAGAGGGAGGGCCGGGGGGGGAGGAGGGGGGGGACACCUCCCUGUCCUCACCAUCGAACCCCCCAGUGACAGCUCCGUGGACAUGAGUGACAGGUCGGAGCGCGGCUCAAUCGGACGGCUGGUGUACGAGCAGGAGGCUCCGAGCGGAGACCAGGAGACAAGGGGGGGGGGAGGUGACGGAGAGAGCGGCGAGGACGAGCGAGGAGGCGGAGGAGGGGGGAGCAGCGAGGUCAACUCCCCGCAGGGAACCAUCAAACACAAACCCAACGGCCGCUCGGUCGCCACGGCACAGGGCCAGACCCGCAGCCCCGCCAGCACCCCGCUAGCCAUGCCGUCGGCGCGAGCACUGCCCCCCCAACCCCACCCACACCCCCACCCACCACCCAUCCCCCACCUCCCCACCAUCCUCCACCACCAUGCACAGUUCAGCACGCCACAGGUCCUGCACAUGCAUCACAUGCACGGCGGCGGUGGCCCGCACCCCCACCACUUCUCCCAGCACCACUAUCACCACCUGCACCACCAGCACUACCCCCACGGUUACCCAGAAGCCCCCUCUUCCCCGCUGCCCUCCCCGGUCCCCCCGCUCACGCCUCUGCCGCCGGCGCCUCUCACGCCCUCGCUGCUGUCCUCGUCCUCCUCCAACAUGGAGGCGCCGCACCACCACCCGCUGCUGCACCACCACCUGCUGUGCUCCGACGGAGACAACGAGAGCGUCAACUCCACCACCACCAACUCCAACGACGACACCACCGUCAACAACUGCAGCUCCGGGUCCUCGUCCCGGGACAGCCUGCGGGAGCCGGGCGGGGGCGGCGCCGCGGGGAAGCAGACCUAUCAGAGAGAGAGCCGCCACAGCUGGGACUCCCCCGCCUUCAACAACGACGUGGUGCAGCGCCGGCAGUACCGCAUCGGACUCAACCUCUUUAACAAGAAGCCGGAGAAGGGGAUCCAGUACCUGAUCGAGAGAGGCUUUGUGUCGGACACGCCGGUUGGCAUCGCCCGCUUCAUCCUGGAGAGGAAAGGCCUGAGCCGCCAGAUGAUCGGAGAGUUCCUGGGCAGCCGGCAGCAGUUCAACAAGGACGUCCUAGACUGUGUUCUGGACGAGAUGGACUUCUCCGGGAUGGACCUGGACGAUGCUCUGAGGAAGUUCCAGGCUCAGAUUAAAGUCCAGGGUGAAGCUCAGCGGGUGGAGCGGCUGGUGGAGGCCUUCAGCCAGCGGUACUGCGUGUGUAACCCGGUUCUGAUCCGGCAGUUCCAGAACCCGGACACCAUCUUCAUCCUGGCCUUUGCCGUCAUCCUCCUCAACACGGACAUGUACAGCCCCAACGUGAAGCCGGAGAGGAAGAUGAAGCUGGACGACUUCAUCAAGAACCUGCGAGGUGUAGAUAACGGUCAGGACAUCCCCAGAGACCUGCUGCUCUCCAUCUAUGGAAGGAUCCAGAAGUGGGAGCUGAGGACCAAUGACGACCACGUGUCCCAGGUGGCGGCGGUGGAGAGGAUGGUGGUGGGCAAGAAGCCCGUGCUGUCCCUGCCUCACCGUAGGUUGGUGUGCUGCUGUCAGCUGUUUGAGGUUCCUGAUCCGAACCGAGGUCAACGGAGCGGCGUCCACCAGAGAGAAGUCUUCCUCUUCAACGACCUGCUCAUGGUGACGAAGAUCUUCCAGAAGAAGAAGAGUUCGGUGACGUAUAACUUCCGCCAGUCGUUUCCUCUGGUGGACAUGCAGGUGCACACCUUCCAGAACACCUGUAAGACCCCCUGUGAGCUAAAUGUGACGCGGCGUCCUGCAGUGACAACUGUGACCAGAACAGAUUGUCUAUAUGAUUCAUCAGCUGCUGGAGAGUGUUCGGACUUGGGAGGGGUUGGAGGGGGGCCCUCCAAGCUCCAGGCUCUACACGCUCAGUAUUGCCACGGCAACAGUGGAGGAGGCGGAGUCAGUGUUACCGGGCAGCAGCAGACGCCCCCGCCCCCCUACCACCACCACCACCGCUACCACGUGCAGAGCAUCCCGCAGCACCAUGCCGCCCUGGCGCACAGGUUCUCCGUCCCCCCGCGCCGCCAGGCCCCGUCCAGCUGCGCCGCCGCGCAGAGGAUGCAGCACGGCGGGGGGCAGCACCCCCGCUACAACCUGGGCUUCAUCACGCCGCCGCCGCUGUCCCCGCACUCCCCGGUCACCCCCACCACUCCGCACGGACUCUAUCACUCGCACCCGGCGGGGGGGCGUCCGGGUGGAGGUGGCAAGCUGCCGCUGACCAUCUCACACUCGCAGCCGCACCCGCACGCUCACACACACUCGCAACACCACGGCGUGCACACACACUCCCCCCUCAGCCCCUCCCCCUCCGCCGCCCCCUCCACCCACUUCAUCUUCUCCACGCCGCCGCCACAGACGCCCUCUGCGCGCCUCGUCACACAGACGCCCCCGCAGCCCUACGCGCCGCAGUACACGCUGAUCUCCGCCGUCCCUCCCCCGCCGCCGCACUCCCCGCUGCCGCCGCCGUCCAGCAGCGCCGCCUCCCUGCACCCGGGGGCCGCCGGGGGCCAGGGGGGCAAAUCCAAACCCGUCAGCCGGAUCAGCACGGUAGAGACCAGAGACCAGAACGGACCCCAACCACCGGCCGUCUCAGUGAGGAUCUCCUCCAGCGGCCAUGUUUAUAGUUCUGUCCUUACAGGAAUUGUUUAUGUCCAAUGUGAGUCAGACUUGGUGGACAAAUGGUUCAGGGACCAGUGCCUGGGACACGAGGGUUAG